AUGAGUGCGAGGAGGAGAGGUGGGAAGCCCAACAGAGGUGGAGGGAAAUUUAACAAGCCGAGAGGAGCUGGAGGUGGCGGAGGAGGUCGAAAAGCAGGAAGUGCUCACCUGGAUGACGACUAUGAUGAUUUCACCCUUGACGUUGGGCUAAAUUCAUCCAGCAGACUGUCCAAUACGCGAGGCGGCUCCAACCGCCCCACUGGCGCUAGGAAUGGAAGCAUUCCUUCACGAGGAUGUCGAGCUGGCGCCUGCUACAACAGAACCGAGUCGGUUCUACCUAAAUCCCUCGCUCGGAACAGAACAUACGCCAAAAAUUUCCAACCCGACACCAAAGCAAGUGCCGCUCGCAAACCCGAUGCCAGCAGCGUGCCUAUGCAGAGAAUUCUAAUGACCGACAAGAACCAGGAACUCCUCAAAGAGCUGCUUUGGGAGUUGCGGACGCGCGACUUUGACGAACAAGACGACGACGCCGCUUUCGAUGGUUUACAAGAGGAGGAAAAGGAGGAAUUGGAUGAAUUAGACUUUCGUGAAGAAGGCCAGUUUUGGAACACCAACGACGAGCCGGUGGAGAGAGCGGAGAGCCCGAAAGAAUACGAGUCUGACAAUGAACGUCGGCCGGCUGAACCUGUCGUCUCUUUGUUUGCGAUAAGCAAGCUCUGCAGGUACGGCUUUGACCGGGAACGCAGCAAGCAGGCGCUGGAGUCCAACGGAGGAGAAUUCGGCUCCACGCUGGAGCAGCUUCUUCAACAAGUUUACACGGAACGCUACGGACAGGACUCCAUUUCGGGAGGGGGCCUCGCCGCCCUGCCUGAAGACGAGUGCCUGAACCAGAGGCAAGAGGAAGCCUUAGCGCUAGCCGCCAUCUACGGCGACCGUUUCCAGGAACGCAUCACCAAUUCCGUAUGGGUCGUCACAUUGGACGCGCUUUUCCUCACAGACAACAUCGGAAAGAACUACAGCGUAACGUCGAAAAAUGUCUGCCAGUUCUACUUGAAAUCAAAAGGCUGCAGAUACGGCGAUAAAUGCAAGUUUAAGCACCAAGCGGCUCAGGCGGCGAUUAGCGCCCUCUCUCCUCUGGAGUACGAACUGGAAAUUCGCUUCCCGAAAGGGAACCGCUACCCGUCUCAAGCGCCGGUGGUCGCUUUCAGCACCAACGACGAGUCGGUCAAAGCCGCGGGGAGGCUCACCGUGACGGAGAAGUUGUUCGAGGAAGCGCUGACGGCCGCCAGCGACAACCAGCCUGUUGUGUACACUUUGGUUAGCUUGUGCGAAGAUGAGAACAUCAUGAAGGAACUGCUGGCCGUCGCUCAUCACAAAUACAGCAAUCCACCACCUGUUUUAGGGCCUGCUCCAGCAAAGAAAAAGAUUCCCACGAAUCAUUUUUCAGAGGAAAGCGUCUGUCCUAGUCGACGGAUCGCGCCGAUAUCAGACCGAACCAGAGAGGAAGACGACAACGAGGUUUCCGCCAUAUCCGUCGAGAACGUCAGCUCCGUCAACCUGCGGAAGAGAGUGACUGAUAAUUCUAAUGUACUAAAAGAAAACGGAAAACUAUGCAGAGAUUUUGACAAGAAACAGUCUUCCAAACGCUUCAAGUCAAUGCUGGAGCAAAGGACGAAGCUUCCGGCUUGGAACGAAAGAGACAACAUUCUGGAUGUGCUGAACAACUGUCAAGUGUUGGUCAUCAGCGGCAUGACAGGGUGCGGCAAGACCACGCAAAUCCCCCAAUUCGUCCUUGAUGCUACCUUAAGCGGCCCGGCGGAUAAGGUAGCCAACAUCGUUUGCACUCAGCCGCGCCGCAUAUCCGCCAUGUCGGUGGCCGAGCGAGUGGCUCAAGAACGCGCGGAGAGUCUCGGCAACUCCGUGGGCUACCAGAUCCGCUUGAAGAGCGUCCGGUCUUCUGCCACCAGGCUGCUUUACUGCACCACAGGAGUUUUGCUGAGAAGACUGGAGGCCGACGUGGAUCUACAAGGCGUCACCCACGUCAUUGUGGAUGAAGUGCACGAACGCACGGAGGAGAGUGACUUCCUCCUGUUGGUCCUCAAAGACCUGAUUCUUCAGAGACCUGACUUAAAGGUUAUCCUAAUGAGCGCUACACUGAACGCUAACCUCUUCUCUGAAUAUUUCUACGACUGUCCGACUAUACACAUCCCUGGUCGCACUUUCCCUGUGACGCAGUUCUUCCUUGAAGACGUCAUCUCCUUAACUCGCUACGUGAUCGAAGACGGAAGCCCUUAUAUACGGUCGAGCCGGCCGAACUCCUUGAGUGGUCAGGCAAGAGUUGGGCCGCCAAAGGACGUUGUGGACACGUUAGGGGAUGACAUGUGGAACUUCAUGUCUUUCACCAAAAAGGACUUUGUCAAAGACUCUGUGCCCGACCAACAACUCAGCCUGCAGGAACUCACGGUUCGAUUCAAAGAUUGUAAAGCAUCUGUGCUGAAGACCAUGGCUGCGAUGGACCUGGACAAGAUCAACAUUGACCUGAUCGAGAAUCUGCUGGAGUGGAUUGUGGAUGGUAAUCACAGCUAUCCUCCAGGUGCCGUACUGGUGUUUCUCCCGGGCAUCGCUGAGAUUAAGAUGCUGUACGAGCAGCUGCAGUCGAACAGAAGGUUCAACAACAGGCGUGGCGACAGAUGUGUUGUCUACCCGCUCCACUCCACUUUGUCGAAUGAGGAGCAGCAGGCAGUCUUCAACCGCCCUCCGGAAGGCGUCACGAAAAUCAUCAUCUCCACAAACAUCGCCGAGACCUCCGUCACCAUCGACGACGUGGUGUUCGUCAUCGACUCUGGCAAAUUGAAGGAGAAAAGGUAUGACGCUUCCAAAAGCAUGGAGAGCCUGGAGGAUACGUGGGUGUCACGGGCCAACGCGCUUCAGAGAAAAGGCAGAGCAGGCCGUGUAGCCUCUGGGGUGUGCUUCCACCUCUUUACUAGCCACUGCUUUCAACACCAGCUGGCCCAGCAACAACUUCCUGAGAUCCAGAGAGUUCCCCUGGAGCAGCUUUGCCUCCGCAUCAAGAUCCUGGACGUGUUCGCCGAACAGACCCUGGAGUCGGUCUUCCGUCGUCUCAUCGAGCCGCCAGUCGCCGGCAGCCUGGACGCGGCCAAGCAGCGCCUGCGGGACUUGGGCGCCCUGACCGCCGAGGAGAAGCUAACCCCGCUAGGUUACCACCUAGCCCGCCUGCCCGUGGACGUGCGCGUGGCCAAGCUCAUGCUGUUCGGCGCCAUUUUCCGCUGCCUCGACCCAGCGCUGACCAUCGCUGCUAGUCUUGCUUUUAAAUCGCCUUUUGUGGCACCGUGGGACAAACGUGAGCAAGCCAAUGAGAAGAAACUGGAAUUUGCGCUGGCUAAUAGUGACCAUCUGGCCCUUCUCCAGGCGUACAAGGGUUGGUGCAGUGCCGAAAAGGCAGGUCACAAGUCCGGCUCCUUUUUUUGCCGGGAAAACUUCCUGUCUUUACGAGUUCUGCAGGAAAUCGCUUGUGUCAAGCGGCAGUUUGCCGAGCUGCUGUCCGACAUCGGUUUCAUCAAAGAGGGGUUGACGUCGAGAGCCAUCGAGCGACUUGGGUCCAAAGGCUCCGACGGGGUCUUCGAGGCUACUGGUCCCGAGGCAAACCUGAACUCCGAUAACAUCAAGCUAAUGUCUGCGAUGCUUUGCGCCGCUCUCUAUCCGAAUGUAGUGCAGGUGCUAGCACCUCAAGGGGUUUACAAAAUGAGCGUCAAAGGAGCGGUAAAGAUGCUCCCCAAGACCAGCGAGCUACGCUUCCUGACAAAGAGCGACGGUUGCGUCCAAGUUCAUCCCUCAUCGGUUAACUACAACGUUCGCAAGUACCCAAGCCCCUACCUGGUGUACCUGGAGAAGGUGAAAACCAGUCGGGUAUUUAUCCGGGACUGCAGCACGGUGUCCGUGUACGCUUUGGUGCUGUUCGGGGGCGGGGCGAUCAACGUGGAGAUGCACAAGGGUCAGUUUGUCAUCUCUCUGGACGACGGAUGGAUUCGAUUCGCUGCAGAUUCUCACCAGGUGGCAGAAUUGGUGAAGGAGCUACGCUGGGAGCUGGACCGCCUUCUUGAGGACAAAAUCCGGAACCCUAGCAUCGACUUGUGCACCUGCCCCCGCGGCUCCCGCAUCAUCCGCAUGAUCGUCAACCUUGUGUCCACUCAGUAG